AUGGCCGAGCUACCGUUUAAUUUCGCACUGAACACUGGUGCUCAAAUUCCUGCCCUUGGGCUAGGUUCGUUUCUCAUGCAAGAACCCCUGCUAUACGCUGUUCUUCAUCUAAUCACAGGUAUAAUGUGUGCAGGCACAUGGCAGUCAAGGCCAGGGGAAGUUAGAGCUGCCGUUAAACAUGCACUUGAAGCUGGAUACCGGCACAUAGAUGCUGCAUACUGUUACGGGAACGAAGAAAAAGUGGGUUUAGGGCUUCAAGAUGCAAUUGCGACCAUGGGUAUUAAACGCGAAGAUGUUUUUAUCACUACCAAGCUGUGGUGCACCUACCACACACGCGUGGCAGAAAACCUCGACAAAACUUGA